CAUUGAAGUAACCUGCUGAGCAAUAUAUUGGGAAGUCAAUUGUUGAACAGAAUGCCUGCAGGACCCCCCUCUCACCAUAUCCAACAGACAAGCACUUUGUCAAAGUAUAUGGAAAUCUGAUUGAUGACACCUAAAUAAAGGUACAUCAAGUACAUAUUUAAGCACGACACAACCAUAAUUCAAAGUUUUAAAACUAACGGAGUACUGUAAAAAGCACAUACAUUACAUCAACACGUUUCCGUGAACCAAUGAAAGUAGGCGGAGCGACAUGUUCAGUCCCGCCCACUUAUGUCGUAGAGCAGUACUUGAUGGGGUAUGCGGAAUUAUUGUGAGUUUAUAGUCUUGCCAUCUAAGAAGUCUUGUGAUUACUUAGCUAGCCUGCUUUAAAUGUGCUUAUGUAGAGUUUACGGAAGACAUCCUGUAUAUUUUUCAGCUAAGGCGCUGCUGCUAAGUUACUUGAGAGUUGUUUUCAUUGAUGAGAGAACUGAUGUAUCCAUAAGGCAACGCACGCACAGGGGGAUCGUCUGAGAGUCAAAUGCCAUUAGUGGAAUGGGGAGCUCCGGUGCAGCUUCGAGGGUCUCCAAAAGCAGAUCAGAAGCAGACUCAGGGGUGCAGUUAGAAGUACCUCUAGCUGUGGUUGAGAAGAUCUUGCUGAAUCUGCCCGCUCAUCAGGUGGUGCGAGUGUGUCGUCUGGUGUGUCAUGAGUGGAAAGAGCUAGUGGACAGUGCUGCACACUGGAAAGGGCGCUGUAGGAGAGAGGGAAUUCAGCCCUGUGAUGCUUCCAGACCCCCAGAGGACUGGUGUCAGUUUUACAUCCUAAAUAAGAAUCGACGUAACCUGCUCAAAAAUCCCAAAGCUGAAGCUGGAUUGCAAGGAUGGGAGAUUAUGGGUAAUAGAAAGGCCUGCUGGCUAAUGGAAGAAAAUAGAAAACCAUUCCCGGACAACACAGUCACCAGAUGUUAUGUAGCAUUUAAUGGGUUGUGUUUGAAGCGACAGCUGAUUGAUUUGCAGAAAGAAGGCUACAGUGCUGCUUUCAUGGAUCAACUGCAACCUGACAUCAAAAUCUCAGACUGGUAUACCACAACUGCUCCUUAUGGAAUUAGGUAUCGGGUCUUUAUGGAACUGCUUAAUGAGGAGAUGCAACCCAUUAGUAGCUAUCAUCCGUAUAGAAUGGUUCUAGAUGGGGACAAUUAUCCAUGGUGUGAGAUAACGUGUGUCUUUCGAAAUUAUGGACCUGGUGUUCGGUUUAUCUGUUUCACUCAUGGUGGGUCGGCACAGUUCUUGAGGGGCCAUAAUGGAAUAAGACUCACUAACAGCAGCGUGGAGAUCUGUCCAGCUGCAGAGAGGUUGAGAUGCACGAAAUCCAACUUGCUGAUUAAUCCCAGUGCAGAAGACGGACUUCAAGGAUGGAAGAUGGUACAUAGUGGAAGCGGCUGCUGGGUGACAGCAGAAAAUAGCAAACCUCUUACAGACACAGUCACCAGAUGCUUUGUAACGUCUUUUGGGUUGUGUUUGAAGCGACAGCUGAUUGAUUUGCAGAAAGAAGGCUACAGUGCUGCUUUCAUGGAUCAACUGCAACCUGACAUUAAAAUCUCAGACUGGUAUACCACAAACACUCAUUACAAAAACCUAUAUCAAGUCAAUAUGCAACUGCUUGAUGAGGAGAUGCAAGCCAUUACUAGUUAUCAUCCGUAUAAAAUGUUUCUGGAAGGGGACAAUUAUCCAUGGUGUGAGAUAACACAUGUCUUCCGAAAUUAUGGACCUGGUGUUCGGUUUAUCCGUUUCACUCAUGGUGGGUUGGGUAAACAGACCCCGAGGGGCCAUAAUGGAAUAAGACUCACUAACAGCAGCGUGGAGAUCUGUCCAGCUGCAGAGAGGUUGAGAUGCACGAAAUCCAACUUGCUGAUUAAUCCCAGUGCAAAAGACGGACUUCAAGGAUGGAAGAUGGUACAUAGUGGAAGCGGCUGCUGGGUGACAGCAGAAAAUAGCAAACCUCUUACGGACACAGUCACUAGAUGCUUUGUAACGUCUUUUGGGUUAUGUUUGAAGCGACAGCUGAUUGAUUUGCAGAAAGAAGGCUACAGUGAUACUUUCAUGGAUCAGGUGCAACCUCAUAUCAAGAUAUCAGACUGGUAUGCACCUCGUAACGAUUGUGGAAGUGAGUAUCAGAUCUGUGUGGAGUUGCUUGAUCAGGAGAAGAAACCCAUCAGUACCUUUGAGCCUGAGAAAGUGUUAUUUCACUUUGGGAACUCUCAGCCGUGGUGUCAAACGGCACAUGUCUUUAAAAACUAUGGAGCUGGAGUUCGAUUUAUCAGUUUCACUCAUGGAGGGAAGGAUACACACAACUGGGCAGGUCAUUAUGGAAUCAUAGUCACCAACAGUAGUGUGGAGAUCUGUCCAGAUGAUGAAAGCUCCAGAUUCAUAAAUCGUAAUUUGAUCAAGAAUCCCAGCGCACAAGCUGGAUUACAGCAAUGGGAGCUUGUCGCAAAUGGAGGCCACCAAUGGACGACCGAAGGAAAUAUACCAACAUUUCCAGUCAAUACAUGUUUUGCAACAUCUCACGGGUUGUGUUUGAAGCAACAGCUGAUUGAUUUGCAGAAAGAAGGCUACAGUGAUAUGUUUAUGGAUCAACGGCAACCUCAUAUCAAAAUCUCAGACUGGUAUGCUCCACGCUCUGAUCAUAGAAGUGAAUAUCAGAUCUGUGUGGAGUUGCUUGAUCAGAAGAUGAACCCUGUUUGUGCCUUUCAGCCAGAGAAAGUGUUCUUUCCCAAAGGAGGUGUUUAUCCAUGGCGUCAAAUGAGCCAUGUCUUUAAGGAGUAUGGACCCGGAGUUCGGUUUAUCCGUUUCACUCAUGGUGGGAAGAAUGCAAAAUUUAGGACAGACUGUAAUGGCAUACAGGUCACUAACAGCUGUGUGGAGAUCUGUCCAGUUGACUAGACGCUGUGCUUUACAUAUUACUUUAACAGGCAGUAUAUUACAUUUGUUUAAAUUAGCAACUGAAUUCAUGCAAUAUGAUUAUCCAUGGGGACAAAUAUCUAAUAUAACAUUACAAAGAUGGACAGCUCAGUGGUGAGCACUAUCGACUAACAGCAAGAAGGAUGCUAGUAUGAGUCACAGCUGGGCCAGUUGGAAUUUCUGUGUGAAGUUUGCAUGUUCUCCCCGUGUUGGCAUGGGUUUCUUCCGGGUG